AUUUCAAUUAUUAAAAUUUAAACAUCACAAUAAAUUCUCAAGUGAGUUGGAUCGAGCAAAAAAGCAGAGACGAAGGAAGGAGCCAUAGCCAUAGCCAUGAUCUCGCAGUUGUUCGUGCUAUCUCAGCGAGGCGAUAAGAUCGUGUUUCGCGACUAUCGAGGUGAAGCAGAGAAAGAGAGGGCGGAGAUAUUCUUCCGCAAAGUGAAGUUUUGGAAAGAAGAUGGGCAAGAGGAAGCACCCCCUGUCUUCAACGUCGGCGGUGUCAACUACUUUCACGUCAAGGUAAUGGGAUUAUUGUUUGUUGCAACAACAAGAACUAAUUUGUCCCCUUCUUUCGUCUUCGAGAUCUUACAAAGAAUUGCCCGUGUCAUCAAAGAUUACCUCGGAGUUCUCAAUGAAGAUUCUCUAAGGAGAAAUUUUGUCCUCGUGUACGAGUUGCUUGAUGAAGUCAUUGAUUUUGGCUAUGUUCAAACCACAUCAACUCAGGUUUUGAAGUCCUAUGUAUUCAAUGAGCCAAUUCUUGUUCCUUCUGCACAUUUGUCGCCUCUUCUUGGUCCUGCUGCCCUGAGUUUGCCAGGGAUUGCUGUCACAAAAUCUGUUGUUGCAAGUGACCCCGGUGGUGUAAAGAGGGAGGAAAUUUUUGUUGAUGUAAUUGAGAAGAUCAGCAUCACUUUUAGCUCUAGUGGAUACAUACUGACCUCAGAAAUUGAUGGCACAAUUCAGCUGAAAAGUUAUCUUACUGGAAACCCAGAAAUCAGGUUAGCACUUAAUGACGACCUAUGCAUAGGGAGAGGUGGGAGAUCAGUGUAUGACUGUAAUUUUCAUGAAUCUGUACGUCUUGAUAGUUUUGAGGCUGAAAAAACUUUGUCCUUGGUUCCUCCUGAUGGUGAGUUUCCUGUUAUGAAUUAUCGUAUGGCCCAGCAGGAAUUCAAGCCUCCUUUUCGUAUCAAUGCUUUGAUUGAAGAAGCAGGAGCCCUUAAGGCUGAGAUGAUUCUGAAAGUACAUGCAGAGUUUCCCUCUAGCAUUACAGCAAACACUAUUUCUAUACAGAUGCCACUACCUAAACAUACCAUGAGAGCAAGUUUUGAGUUGGAAACUGGAGCUGUCGGACAGAGUACAGAGUUCAAGGAAGCUGGUAAGAAACUUGAAUGGAAUUUAAAAAAGAUUGUUGGUGGGUCGGAACAUACACUGAAGGCAAGGCUAACACUUUCACAAGAAUCACAUGGUAAUAUAACAAAAGAAUCUGGUCCUGUUAGCAUGACAUUUACCAUACCAAUGUACAAUGCUUCAAAGCUUCAGGUGAAGUACUUGCAGGUAGCAAAGAAGUCUGGGAGAUACAAUCCAUACAUAUGGGUCAGAUAUGUUACUCUCUCCAAUUCCUACGUUGCUCGUUUGUAGAUUGGUAAAGUUUAAAGCAUCUGCUCCACCAAUUUCCCUACCUUUUUCUGGUAAUUUUAGCUACAUUGUUUAAUGAUUAUUUGAGUGUUUAGGAAUUGUCUUCGUCAUUUUUAUUUUAUUUUAUUUAAGAGUAUGGCUGUUGGGACAAUGAGUUUUAAUUUGAAAACAUAUAACUUAGCAAGAAUCGAUGGCUUUCUUUUUUCGA